UGUUAUUCUUACGCGGUGCGUCACUGCGUUACGUUAAAUCGUGCAGUUCUAGUGAAAUAUCAUUAAUUCUUAUGUAAAAUCUACGUAAAUUAAAUAGUAAACAUAUUCCCAAAGUAUAAGAUGUGUAUAUUAUGUCACGAGACUAAACUACAAUAGAUACAGCGGUAACGAUUCGUGACAGUUAGUGGAUCGAUGAAACUUAACCUCUUCAGACUUGUGAUUGUUUAACAUUUUAUUAAUUAAAUGAUAACUUAGUUAAACACAUGAAUGAUAACGAAACUGUGAAAAGUUUAUAUCGCGUUUUAGUGCAUUGUUAAAUUUAUCUGACGGUCUAUUUGCCGACUCCAACGAUGGCUAAACGUUUGCUAUCAAGAUUAAUAUUAAACUCUAAUGGAACGACAUUAAAGUCGCCUUUGCCUAUACUCAGUAAAAAAGUGCACACUCAGAUACCAGUCAAAGAAAUCCAGAUCCCAGUGAAGUUUGGUCACAUGUCAGGAAAACUAUGGGGCAGCGGCGACAAGCAGCCCAUACUGGCGUUACACGGCUGGCAAGACAACGCGGGCACUUGGGACCCCUUGAUACCCAUGAUCAUUAAAGAUAGACCUAUCUUAGCUCUGGACUUCCCUGGACAUGGGCUGUCGUCGUGGAUCCCACCUGGCAUGCUGUACUACCAAUGGGAAUUACCUAGAGUUAUACUGUACCUGAAAGAAUACUUCAAGAUGGAAAAAGUUUCCUUAAUGUCUCAUUCUAUGGGAGCAAUAGCCUCGAUGCGUUUUGCAACUGUGUUCCCAGACGACGUCGAAUUUUUUAUUGCAAUAGACAGUCUUAUUUAUGACGAUUACGAUUUAAACUCAGUAGUGAAUAGAAUUUCUAAAACUUUACGUAAGGGAUUAAUCGCACAAACACGGUUAGACCAAGAACCACCUGCAUACACAAUGGAAGAAAUGAUCAAAAUAUGGCAUUUAGGAACAAGGAAAUCUGUCUCAAUGGAGAGUGUUCCUCAUCUACUUAAAAGAGGCGCGAAGCAAACCAAGUCAGACCCAACGAAGUAUUAUUUCUCGCGUGACUCCAGAUUAAAAUAUACGCUAUUUAAUCCAGAAGACAGAAAAUUUGUAGAAGCCCUCGUUAAAAGGCUAAAGUGUCCAACUUUGUAUGUGAAAGCCAUAGACUCGCCAUUUUCGGCAGACCCUUACUCCAUAGAAAUGCGUGAAAUAUUAGAGCAAAUUAACGACAAGUAUGAAUUCCAUUUUGUUCCUGGCACACAUCAUGUGCAUUUAAAUAAUCCUGAAUUAGUUGCACCUCUCAUUAAAAAAUUUGUACAGAAGCACAACUUGAGUAUUUGAAUACUGUGAUUAAAAAUCUCACAAGUUACGAAGUGUGGGCAGCAUAUACUUUAGAAACCAUGUUUCAAAGAUAAUGUUAAUAUCUUUGCAUACUUGCGUAAGUCAUAGAUUUGCAGUAAAUUGAAUAUUAUUCGAGACAUGCUCCUAAACUUCAGCAGCUGCCAGUACUUACAAGCUUUUAAUACAUCACAAAAUGAUUGUUGAAAUCCAAAGAUUUGUGUGGAUCAGUGUGGAUGCAUAGACAGACAGGUGGAUGAAUAUAUGAUAAGAGAAACAGCAAAACAUAUUGUUGUCUUUGUGGCUAUAAGCAUUUGUCCAGUAAUAUAUUCAAAGUCUAAAAGGAUAAAUACUAAUAUAUUUACUCUACUAAGGUGAAAAAUCUUUGAUAUUAUUUAUGAAUAAAUUAUAAAUAACUAAUGCAGCCGAAGAUACUGAGUCUAGUUUUGGGCUUCUGUUUGACUGUUGUAAAAAUAUGGCAUAAUAAUUGUGAUAUAAUAGAUAUAGAUUCUUAAAAAAAAUGUUUAUUAUUCUUUUGAGAAGUAAACAUAACAAGAAUUAUACAUAACAAAUAUACAUAUUGUUGUAUUUUCAUAAAUAUAAACUUAAUUUUAUACCUCACUGUUACAUGAGAUGUCUUGGCUUGAACUAGAAUUACUAACAUUGUCACAUACAUAUGCACCUUUUCUGAGCGGUAAAACUUUUAAUAAUGCCUCUUGCCAUGGCACCCCUUCACACACCCUCAGGACUAUCUCAAAUACUGAAAACAAGCAAUGAUAUUGUAGUUAAACAAUUUAAUUUUAAUUUAGGAAAUGUUUCAAAGAAUCAACAGUGACAUGAUUUACCAUGGUCUAUAGUCAGUACUUUCCUAGUUUUCAUAUUGAUGUAUUUAUCUAAUGGUAGUUGUCCAUGCCUGAUACCUUGUUCUACUGCUAUCUUAUAGCAGAGUCCCUGAAAAUAUAUUAAUGAGUUACGAGGAGAGAACACUCAUUGUUAUUAAUUGGUAAAAAAAUACAUUUAAUCACACUUAGAUUGAUGUAAGUUCAUGAAAUUUAAAUAGCUUUCAUGUCUAGCAUUUAAUUUUUUUAAAUGUUUUUAAUUUAUUUAUUUAUUGACUAUUAUGUAAAAAGAAGGGAAUGUUUAAUUAUUUAUAAUAAAGUAGUAAGUAGAGCUUUACCUUAUGUUUAUUGUGAUCUACUAAACCACCAAUAAUGUAGGCAGUGUUUUCUUCAAACUGUUCAAUAACAUUGUCUGAUUCACUAGUUAAGUAGACUAUUUUGUCUUUAGGGAAAACCUCAAGAUAUGGUGCUUCAUGAAAGUCUAUCUGAAAACAGUUGAACAAAUAUUAUUUAAUUUGAUAACAAUUACAUAUUAAUUUUGUAAUGAACAUAUUUUUUGUUAAAUUUAAAAGAUAUUAUAAAAGACAAUUCAAAGUAUUAUGUACACUGAUAUUUUUUGUUGAAGUCAUAAUAAAUGUGUCGUACAGAAUAUUGGAAAA